AUGUUAUCAUUGCAACUUAUGGUGAUGAUAAAUGGACCAAUAGGUGAGUUACAAGUUGAUCCAAGAAAAGCUACAUUUGGUUUUAGUGCUGAUCUUCAUGGUUGGGCAUUUACAUUAAAAGAAUUUGCUGAAAUGUAUGGAUCAAAAUUUCAAAUUGAACUUGAUAAAUUAAUGAAUCAUUUAUGGGAUGAAAAUUUCUUUUCAUCAACAGAAAAAAAAUGGUCACAAACCGGUGGUGAAGGUUAUCUUCAUGGUUUUUGUCAAUUUGUUCUUGAUCCAAUAUUUAGACUAUUUAAAGCUAUUAUAGAUUGUAAAAAAUAUCAAUAUACACAAUUACUUGAAAAAUUAAAUAUUAAAUUAGAAGAUGAUGAUCGUGAUAAAUUAGAAGAAGGAGGAAAAUCAUUAUUAGAGUUAUUUCGAUUUAUUCAUUCUCCUUAA